ACACCGUUUCCCCUUUUUGUUUCAGGCAUUCGACCACCAAUCAUGAAUGGGCCCAUGCACCCGCGUCCCUUGGUAGCACUGCUGGAUGGCCGGGACUGCACAGUGGAAAUGCCAAUCCUGAAGGACGUUGCCACUGUUGCGUUUUGCGAUGCACAGUCCACGCAAGAAAUUCAUGAAAAGGUACUAAAUGAAGCAGUGGGUGCCCUGAUGUACCACACCAUCACUUUAACCCGUGAAGACCUGGAGAAGUUUAAAGCACUUCGAAUAAUUGUUAGAAUUGGAAGUGGUUUUGAUAACAUUGAUAUUAAGUCUGCUGGCGAUUUAGGGAUUGCAGUGUGCAAUGUUCCGGCUGCAUCCGUGGAAGAGACAGCGGACUCUACAAUGUGCCACAUCUUGAACCUGUACAGACGAACCACCUGGCUCCAUCAGGCCUUGCGAGAAGGCACGAGGGUGCAGAGCGUGGAGCAGAUCCGGGAAGUGGCUUCUGGGGCUGCAAGAAUCCGAGGGGAGACCCUGGGCAUUAUUGGGUUAGGACGAGUUGGUCAAGCAGUUGCACUACGUGCAAAAGCCUUUGGCUUCAAUGUCAUUUUCUACGACCCGUACCUCUCAGAUGGCAUGGAACGUGCUCUUGGACUUCAGCGGGUGACGACUUUGCAGGAUUUGUUGUUUCACAGCGACUGCGUCACCCUCCACUGCAGCCUAAACGAACACAACCAUCACCUUAUUAACGACUUCACCAUUAAACAGAUGCGACAGGGAGCCUUCCUUGUGAACAUGGCUCGAGGAGGGCUAGUAGAUGAAAAAGCACUUGCACAGGCCCUGAAGGAAGGAAGAAUACGAGGGGCAGCCUUGGACGUACACGAGUCAGAACCAUUCAGCUUUAGUCAGGGUCCCCUGAAGGAUGCGCCAAAUCUGAUCUGUACUCCCCACGCUGCGUGGUACAGUGAGCAGGCCUCAAUAGAGAUGCGGGAAGAAGCAGCCCGUGAGAUCCGGAAAGCUAUCACAGGUCGCAUUCCAGACAACCUGAGGAACUGUGUCAACAAAGAACAUUUGACUGCAGCUACACAUUGGGCCAGCAUGGACCCAGGAGUUGUUCACCCAGAGCUCAAUGGCGCUGCAUACAGGUAUCCUCCAGGGGUCGUCAGCGUGGCUCCACCUGGCCUACCUAGCGCCGUAGAAGGAAUAGUCCCCAACGCCAUGUCCUUAUCGCAUGGGCUUCCUCCUGUCGCCCACCCUCCCCACGCUCCUUCUCCGGGCCAGACAGUCAAACCGGAAGCUGAUAGAGAUCACCCUAACGACCAGUUGUAGCCUAAGAAAACAUCAUUCCCAGCCCGGGCAACUUUGGAAAGCGUGCGGAAAACCGAUUGGACUUUGAAUAGAUGCAAAAUCAUGAACAUACAGAGGAGGCCAUAUUAUGUUUUAGAAAGUGGUCCAAAAUGCAGUAUAACGAGAAAUGGUGGGAGAUGAAAGAUUUGAAAACUUUAUUCCUCCAUAUAAAAAUGUAGUUUGUCCCUGUUCAGUGACCUGACUCACUGUUUCUGUGUCCUAUGGGUUCUUUGUUAAGCCAGAGAAGUUAGUAGUUUAAUUAUAUCAUGAAUGUACUUGUCUGUGUACAGUUUUUAGAACAUUAACAAGGGUUUGUUUGCUUAGUUGUCAACAAGAAAAAAAAUAUAUAUAAGGGAGGCAUUCGACAAACCAUUUUUGAGAUUUGGGAUCCUUUGUUUUUGAUAUGUUUAAAAAUGCCUAAAAGCGAAGCAGUUGGUGAACUUCUCAGGACAACGAUUUUUCCCAUUUUUCUUUCUAUGCCACGCAGUGCAUUGUUUUUUCUACCUUCUUGUCUUAUUUUUUUAGAAUAAUUUAAUAAAGUAAAAACAGUUUCUCCUAAUUUCGGCACAAAUUCCCCUUAUUUCAGAAUGAAGACAUUUCGAAGAGAUUUUGAGGUGCAAAAUAAAAGUUUUUUUAAUAAACGAGCAUUAUGCUUUUUGUCACCGGUUAAUAUAUAUUAUUGGUGGGAUGCAGAGAGAGAGAGAGAUUGAGAGAUUGAGAGAGGCACUAGACUACUGAAAAGUAGCUGCAUUUCAUUGCCUACAUGGAUUCCUUCCUGGUAAUGUGGUAGGCUAGCAAUAUUUUGGGUUAAAAUCAUGUUUGUGACUGUGUCCAUUUGUAUGAAUUAUUAUUUUCAAGAAAUAAAAAUUCCAAACAAAUACCAUGUGCACCAUA